CUUAUUCGGAUACGAUGGCAUCAUAGAAUACAUGACCCGCCGUGUCGGAUUAGCGCGCCCAAACGAGCAAUGGCUGGGACUAUGGACAAGGGAAUCCUAGGUCUUGACAGGCAAGCUUAAGCACGUCUUCAACGAAGCAUUAGAAUCCACAUCGCAAGCAACCCAAGCAUUGCCCUAUACGGAGUAGGAAUGAGUCUUUGAGCCUAACCUCAAUGUAACCUCAAAAUACGAGAUCGUUAUGCCUUGGCAAGGAAGAUCGACUUGUGUAUAGUCUAUAAUCUAUAGACUAUACACCUAACAAGUGUUAGUAUAUAGUAGUUAUGCCUCACUCUCACCAUGUUGUAUGAGUAAGGCACACUUCUCUCAGUGCUCAACUCGGCAAACGACAAGAUGCGCGUUAGUUAUUCUCUACUGGCGCUGCUAUUCAGCACCUCCAGCAGCGCGCAUACAGUCCAACCACUUUCGCGCCGCGAUCUCAAUGGCACCGCUAAAAUCGGAGAUAAUGCUACGCCGCGACGAUUCAUUGUCGAACUAAAGUCGCGUGCUCACCGAGCCCAUGUCUCCGCCAAAGUUGCUGCACUGCCUGGGCUUUGCGUCGUCAAGGAAUUUGAUUCUGACCUCUUUCCGGGUGUUAGUGUUGAAUGCGACAGUCACUGUAGCCCCGACUCGUUGACAGAAACCCUUGACGCAGAUGAGGACAGCCCUGUUGUGGCUUCGGUGUAUAGGUCAACAGUAGUGCGCCUAUUGCCACCUGCCAUUCAAGGCGAAUCCUUUAGCGACGAUGCGGCUGCUGCGAACUACUCAGUUCAUGGUUCGACCGGCGUCGAGAAGUUGCAUCAAGCUGGCAUCAUUGGUGAGGGAGCAAUAAUUGCGAUUGUUGAUAGUGGUGUUCAGUAUACGCAUCCUGCGCUCGGCGGAGGUAUCGGUCCAAAUUAUACUAUCAUAGGAGGCUAUGAUCUGGUUGGCGAUGCGUGGCCUGACGCCCCCGCCGAGCCGGAUGACGACCCGAUGGAUAGAUACGGGCACGGAACUCAUGUUGCUGGUAUCAUAGCUGGCAAGAGUGAUCAGUUUGUCGGCGUUGCUCCCGGGGCUAAAUUGCUGUCCUUCAAAGUCUUCGGGUCUACCGGCUAUUCAAAUGAAGAGGAAGUCAUCGAGGGGUUCCUCAGAGCCUUCGACUCAGGAGCGGACAUAAUUAGCGCUAGUCUUGGAGAAAACAGUGGUUUCACCUCCAACGCUUGGGCCGUGUUGGCUUCGAGAAUGGUAGACCAGGGUGUAGUCAUUUCUAUCGCCUCAGGCAAUGAAGGCGACAGUGGCCCGUUCGAUGCUAGUAAUGGUGCUUCAGGCAAGAACGUCAUUACGGUGGGAGCUGCCGAACCUGGUGCAUUUCCUGCCCAGGCCUUCUCGGCAGAUUUCGAUUUAGACGGCCAGUCAAACAAGACUCAAAUCGCCUACAUACCAUCAUCCGACUUCUUCCCCAACACUAUUCUUGACUGGCCUAUUAAGCCAGUGACACUCAACUCGUCUGUUGAGAACGAUGCAUGUUCCCCAUUGCCAACAGACACUACGAGCUUCAACGGAACCGUCGCCCUUGUUAGGAUCGGAGGAUGCGAUACGUCUCUUAAGCACACCAAUCUAGCUACUUUUGGUGCUCAAUACAUCCUAUUUUAUAAUAACGAUGGACCGUACCAGACCCCUUACGCUAAUAGCAGUCUUUCCGGCCUAAUAGCAGCGAUAGAAGCUCGUGCAGGAAGCGCAAUUAUCGACACUAUCGUCGCGGGCGGCAAUGUUACAGCCUCUUUUGAUGUCGACACUGCCCAUUAUGUCGGUCUGUACAAUGCCGGUGGUGGGCGACCAGCUAAAUAUACGUCGUGGGGUGGCACAUACGACUUAGCACUCAAGCCAGAUGUGGUUGCACCCGGUACCAAGAUCUUAUCUACCUAUCCCACCGACCAAUAUCAAGUGCUUAGUGGCUCAAGUAUGGCUACACCAUAUAUUGCUGGUGUGGCAGCUCUGUGGGUAGGAAAAUAUGGUGGGCGAGCCGCGCACGCCGCUGAUCCUGCUUGGGCAAAGCGACUAACCGCCCGUAUAAUGGGUACCGCUCGUGCUGUACCGUGGGCGGACUGGGCUACAACAGCUACUGAUUACGGGUUCUGGGCUCCGACUACUCAAGUUGGCGCCGGUUUUAUCGAUGCAGAGCGCGUACUAAACUCUUCUACCGAGCUCAGCUUCGAGGGGCGCAAGUUCGAGUUGAACGACACUGCUCAUUUUGCCGGAACGCAAACCGUGGAUAUUACGAACCACGCAGAUAAAUCCGUUACAUAUAAGUUUUCCUUGCAGGAUGCCGGGGGAUACGACUCAUGGAAUCCCGUUGUUCCCGGCCACCCUCAGUCGUUCAUACCCGCGCUCAAGCUCUACCCGGAGGUUAAUCCUGUGAAGAUGACUCCCGGUGUGACGUUUCCGAAGGAAGAAUUCAUUAUUGCGCCUGGCGAGACUAAGACAGCGGAAUUUACUUUCACUGUCCCAGAAGGUCUGAACACAAGUAGCCUACCUGUCUAUAGCGGUAAGGUCCUUAUAAGCGGCGACAAUAGAGAGGAACUCGGUGUUCCAUAUUUCGGUGUUGCUUGUGAUUUGAAUCAGACCAUUACCAACAUUUGGGAUUUCGGCGGUAACUACCCUUGGUUGACAUCGGGUGUUUCCGACAACAGAAUCCAACAAAAGUCAAAUUUUACCUUCAACCUAUCUCGUGAUGCGCAGGACUUCCCCAAACUCAACACCGGAUUCGCCUGGGGCACGGAGGAACUCCGUUGGGACAUAUUCCAAGGCGACUACACGGAAGCCGAGUGGAAGUACCCGCCAGUCGUUGGCGAGAAUAAGUUCGUCGGAUCAGCGACAAGCUGGAACGGCACUUCCAAGUCCCAAUGGUUUACCCCAGGUGAGGAUAGCGAAGAUGAUAUUUUCUCAUUCCCACUAUAUGACCAGCCGCGCGACAAGUGGGGGAUUUAUUACUGGCUGGGGCGAUUUGCAAACGGGUCAAGCAUUCAACCCGGGGAAUAUAGAUUCCGUAUUGCUACUCUAAGACCCUUUGGCGAUCGCCAGGUUUCGUAUGACUGGGACAUCUGGGAGACGCCGAAGGUGACGGUCUUGCCCCUUAACGAAGCAAAUGGGUCUGCUUUGGCGUGAGAAAUCACUUCUUUCAAUAAAAAUUCUUCCAGAUUCAAGAGUAUAAAGUAGUAUAAAUUGGAAUUCCAGGUCACUCUCGCCGUGUGUUUCUAAUCUGUUUCUAUCACACUCAUGUUAUGAAAGAAAAGAAAAAAAAAGAAAAAGAAUAAAAUGUGACUCUCGAUCGGGGAAUUGAACCCCGGCCACCUGC